CCAGCUAACCCGUCAAUGUACACACGCACGGCAUUGUCAAGUUACAGACAAUCGUUCGCGCUUACGAGACCUCUUUCCGGCUUUCUGUCUCUCCCUGUCACCGCAUCACCUUACUCAGCCCAUUGUCUCAGUCGCGCUCCCACAACGAUACUCAUGCUGUGAACGACUGAGGUGAACCCGGCCUGCUUCCUCUUCUUCACAUCAUGACGACCUCAUCUUCUUCAGAGAAGGGACAACUCGAUCCGGACACAGUCGUGCAGCAAUCCAUUAUUCAGCAAGCACAAGCUGCCGCUGCCGCCCAGAUCAAUGUCGCAAGGCCCGCGAGACAGGAGGCUCUUCUGGAGGCGACCGACCUCAUUACCUCCGAUGCGGCCGAGGACGACAUGCCCCCUCCUGCAUACGGCGAAAUCUAUGGCGAGAUCCGCAAUGAAAAAGAUGGUAUGGGUACCAGUGCCCUUGUCACCGAUGAUGGACGUGUCAACAUCCGCAUAAAUCAGCUCAAUCGCCGUUUAUCACUGAUCUUGACUCCUGCCCUUCGUGAGCACGACCAGAGAGCUGAAGACAGCCGCCCGCCUACAUCUCCCUACGUCCCCCCUUCCUUAGGAGGGGAUAAGGGAGUACCUCCACCCCCGGCCUUGAACGUUGUCAUUCAGGUCGUGGGCUCGCGUGGAGACGUGCAACCCUUCGUUGCCUUAGGAAAAGUUUUAAAAGAAACGUACGGCCAUCGCGUACGCCUGGCAACUCAUCCAACCUUCAAAAACUUUGUACAUGAAAAUGGACUGGAAUUCUUCAGUAUCGGCGGCGACCCAUCUCAGCUAAUGGCCUUCAUGGUCAAAAAUCCAAACCUCAUGCCGGGCUUUCGUAGUCUAAUGAGUGGAGAUGUCGGUCAGCGAAGAAGAGAUGUCGCUGAAUACAUCCAAGGCUGCUGGCGAUCAUGCUACAAAGCUGGUGACGGAAUGAGUCCAGAUUCUGGGAGCGACCCCGGCUUUGAGCCUGCAGCAAGACCCUUCGUCGCUGACUGUAUCAUCGCCAACCCUCCGAGUUUUGCGCAUAUCCAUUGCGCAGAGAAGCUGGGUAUACCUCUCCACAUCAUGUUCACUAUGCCAUACUCUCCCACCCAAGCAUUCCCUCAUCCGCUGGCCAACAUCCAGUCCUCCAAUGCCGACCCUCAGCUCACCAAUUACAUAAGUUAUGCAAUGAUCGAACUCCUUUCGUGGCAGGGCCUAGGUGACAUCAUCAACCGAUUUCGCGCAAAAUGUCUCGGCCUGGAUCCUGUCGGCCUCAUCGACGCCCCUGGGAUGCUCCAUCGUCUCAAAGUCCCUCACACAUACUGCUGGUCUCCGGCCCUGAUACCUAAACCGAAAGACUGGGGCCCGCACAUUUCUAUAUCCGGAUUCUACUUUCUUAAUCUGGCCUCCGACUUCACUGCUUCCCCUGGCCUCCAGGCCUUCCUCAACGCUGGCGCACCUCCUGUUUAUAUCGGGUUUGGGAGCAUUGUCUUGGACGACCCAAACGCGAUGACAGAGCUCAUCUUUGAGGCCUCGAGAAAGUCUGGCCAACGUGUUCUCCUUUCUAAAGGCUGGGGAGGUAUGGGUGCGGACGAGCUUUGUGUCCCCGAAAGUGUUUUUAUGCUAGGCAACGUGCCACAUGAUUGGCUUUUCAAGCAUGUUUCGUGUGUUGUUCACCAUGGUGGCGCGGGAACCACAGCAGCAGGAAUUACCGCGGGUCGACCAACUUUGAUCGUUCCCUUCUUUGGAGACCAGCCUUUCUGGGGCGCCAUGGUCGCGCGAGCAGGCGCUGGCCCCAAUCCAAUCCCCCACAAACAACUCACAGUGGACAGACUAGUCGAUGCCAUCAACUUCUGCCUGAAGCCCGAAAGUAUGGAACGCGCCAACGAACUCGCAAGCAAGAUCGCAGCAGAGCGAGGCAGCGAUAUGGGCGCUCAGUCAUUCCAUCAACAUCUCGAUGCUGACCGACUCCGUUGCACUCUUGCACCAUCCUUACCUGCGGCGUGGCGCAUCAAGCGCACACAGGUCAGGCUGAGCACUUUUGCUGCCUGUACCUUGGCGAACGCAAAUCUACUGGAUUUCCAUGACCUGAAGCUCUUCAGGGCUCAAGAGUAUCAUACUGACGAAGGUCCCUGGGAUCCGAUAUCCGGAGGUUUCACAGCAUGUAUGAGGGCGUUCAGCGGCAUGGCUAUGGGGGUGGCUGAUGUCCCCACGGAUAUGAUCAAAGCUUUGCACAUUCCGUCUGGGCCUAGCCGACAGCAGUCUCAAGCAUCAGUGUCAACAAUCGCCAGCAAAAGCGAAACCUCACACGUGCGGGAAAAUCCAACUCCACUGCCUCCAUCCGAACAGAGUCGGACGAGCUUCCAGGUGCAAAAGUCUCACGCUCAUGCUGUAAGCACCACCAACCUCUCCAGGCUGUCGUCUUCUGCCUCGACUAUUGGAUCGAGCUGUAUGCCUGAUGCAUUGGAAGACCAGUCGAGUCUCAACAAAGACGAGAUUAGUCGGCGGCAAUUCCUCAGUCGAACUGAAUCCAGUUCAAGCCAGGACCGUGACAUGAUGCGCCAGAGAGGUGUGCACACCAGCAAAGGCCUUGGACGUUUCGUGAAAACGUUUGUUCAGACACCCAUGGGGGUCUCAGUGGGCAUCACCAGGGGUUUUCACAAUUUCCCUAAGCUUUGGGGUGACGAUACAGUGCGACCUCAAGAACAAGUCAGCGAUUUCAAAUCAGGGAUCAGAGCAGCAGGAAAAGAGUUCGGCUAUGGCUGGUACGAUGGGGUUACUGGUCUGGUCACUCAGCCCUGGAGAGGCGCCCAGAAAGACGGUACCAGCGGUUUUCUCAAAGGAAUCGGCAAGGGCCUCGGAGGAUUUACAACGAAGCCGUUGGCAGGCCUUAUGGGUAUCCUUGGACAUACAAUGAAGGGAGUACAUAAGGAGGUGCAGAAGUUAUACGGCAGCAACGUGCAGAAUUACAUCGUAGCGUCUAGAGUGGCUCAAGGAUACGAGGAGUGGCUGCAGAGCUCCGAUGCAGAAAAGCAGGACGUCCUCGAUCGGUGGAAGCUGAUCCAGGAAUACUUGAAGAAGAAGCACAGCCCUGACGAGAUGAUGCAAGAUAUGUUGGAAGCACAACGAAGGAAGCAUAUGAUGGACAAGGAGGUCCGUCAUGGAUGCGAACGUACCGCGGGUGCCGCUGAGUCUGCCGACAGUGCAGAUGCCCCGGCUCAAGACCGGGACACCAAGCUCGCUAUGAGUAGCGUACAAUCCCCAUUGCGACCCCUCAACAGGGCCGCUGAAGAGGUUUUUGGAGCAACUGGAAUGAACGCAAACACCCGAUCGUCAGAGCAGGAGACGUCACGCGGAAAUACAGAGGCGGAGGCUGAUGUGCAGCGGGCGAUCCAGGACAGCGUAUCUCAGCUUCAAGGUCAACAACUAGAAGCCGCAAAUGAUUAUCAAGAUCAGGAAAGCCUUCGCCAGGCCAUGGCAUCCAGCGAAGUCGAAGCUCAACGACACGAAAGCGAAUUAUUGGCAUAUGAGCAACAGCUGAACCAAGCCAUUGAGCGAAGUCUGAUGGAGCACGGAUGGAGGGCCAGCGACAGUGAAUGGGUUUCGGAUAUGGUUCAUGACGAGGCUGAAGCUGAGCAGGUUGAGCGGGUGAGAAGAGCACCCGAGAAGAUGGCGGAGAAAGCAGCAGCCAUGGCGCAUGGGUCAUACCACAUGCCGCAGCCGCCUUCGUAUGAUCAGGGGCAUCUCGCUGGCACUACGCAGAGCGUGUUCAAGGCGCAACAGCAGGGACAACAGGGGGAGAAGACAACACAAGAGAAGACCGAAGAAGAUAUCGUGAUGGAGUAUGUCAGGAAGCAAAGCCUGUUGGAAGCGCACCAUCGGAACAAAGGCAAAGGCCGUUCUACCGCGACAGAGGAUGAGGAAGAUGAACAAUUGCAGAAGGCAUUGGUGUUGAGCAUGCAGGCAAACGAAAGUGCAAAGUUCUCGGGCGUCGCACCGUAGGUGGCUUGGACGCUGAUCGAAUAUUGUUUAGUGUUUAGACGCGGUCGCCGAUGUAUGCAGGCGUUUGCAGGUAUUCGCAGGCAUAUUAGCAGAGCUGCUUACACUUAGCAAUAACGUUAUUGUUCUAUAAACUAAUGUUGG